AUGGGAAGUGCAUGUUAUUCUCAUUAGACAAGGAAGUAGCAUCUGAAUGACAUCAGGUUCGGAUAGCAGAAUCUGAUGUUUAGGAUGGUAAUUUCUGGUAUCAAGGUUAAAAAUAUUCAACAGUAAAGUGCUUAUGUGAUUGUAAAAGUGAAUGAGCAUCUCUAUAAGACCACCAUGAUCAGAUACACCAAAAAUCCACAUUGGCCCUAAACCUUUACUUUUGAUUUGCACAUCGAUCCUCAAAGUAUGCAGACUCAAUUCUUUACAUUAGUACUAUAUUCAAAUAUCCAACCAAGCAAAUCCUUGAUGACUCAGACAAGGUUCAUUACAAGAUCAAAUAUACAUUAUAUGAAAUUGCCAGUGGACCACAACAUCAUGAUAUUUUGUUUAGUGUAAAUGCUAUUACUAAUUUAGAACUAAUCUUCUAUUAUUUUUGACAUCAAAGUAGCUCAGAAGUUGCAUUUCAAAAUCAAUACCAAACACAUUCGAUGUAUCCUUGAAGAAUAAUUGGGAGACAUAGCCUACAGUUUUCUAUUGAAAAUCAAAUCUCAAGAGAAUGAAUCUCAAUCAGCCAUCUCUCCCAAAUACAUGAAUCCCACCUAUUCACAAAAUGACGACGUCCCUUAUAAGUAUCAACACAUCAAAGGUGGUUCCCAAAGACAUGUCUCCACUAAAAAGGCAUUAGAAGCUAAGAAUGAAAUCCUUUGGGAAUUCAGAACUGAAGAUGCUCCUUUUAUGGAAUUUGAUAUAUUUGCAGACGAUUUCCAAAUCACUACAUUCGUUUUUGUACUUUACGCAAACAAAUAAACAAAACAAGAAGAAUACAAAAGAAUUGGUAGUACAUACAUCAGUUUUAAUAAAUUCUUUUAUGAUAAUACAUCUCAAAUUGCCUAAACUGAUACUCUCUUAAUUUAAGAAGCAUAAUUAAAUGAACAAUUAAUUUCCGAUGGCACUUAUAUUGGGAAUUGGGCAGGAACAUUCAUCAUUAAAUCUAAUCAAUAUGUCAGUCAAUGCAGUGGAGUCAAAACAGAAACUGGAACUGUGAAUUAAUCUACUUUAUUAUUGAAGAAAGCCAAGUCCAAAAAUAACACAAAUAAAGAAGUGGAUUGGCUGAUUGGAUUACAAAUAAAAGUGGAAACACUAUCAUAGACCAUGAGGGAUAAAAAGAUCAAAGACUCAGAGAAAAUGAAAAAUGAAAUUCUAUCUACUUUGACUGAAAAUCACAAUAUUAAAUAUCAGAGUGUCGAUGAGAUGUUACACAGUUAAUCAGUGUAAAUAAAGUUAUGGAAAUACUUAUUAGAGCAGAGUAGUAAAUAAUAAACAGAAAUGGUUAAGGAAAUAUGUUUCACUGUGCUGAGUGAACUCAUUUAUAGAGAUGAUAUGGAUUUAGAUCAUUUGAGUAUUGAUACUUAAAUAGAACGUAUUCAUAAUGCUUAAUUAUUUGUUACUUUAAUGAUUAAAGUUAUGCCUCUUUGUUUAUAAAGAGUAGUUGACACUUCUUGUUCAAACAAAGAACAUGAUUUUUUUGUUAAAUUUGCUGUGCUCUCCUACUUCAGAGUACCUCAAUUUAAACAAGCUCUGUUUCCAGAGAUUGAGAAUAUCUCAAUUCAUAAAUUUUAUGAUCUUGCAUUCUAAAAUGAAAAAGGAUAAUAAUUAUAAAAGGAAUUAGAAUCAUUGAAAUUAGAAAUGCCUGAUAAAUAAACUGUGCAUUUCUAUUAUCCUUUUGUAAUUUAAUGGGUCAAUUUCGUAUAAUCUAAGUUUGGAUUCAAUGUCAAUUGGCAAAACAUACAAGGAUAUGAUGAGAUUGUCUAGUUGUUGCUAUCCAAUAUUUAAUUAAAGAAUCACAAAUUCAUUGAAGCAUCUUGUGCCAUAAUCAACAAUUCCAUGUUGCUUAGCAAAUUCAUUCACAUCUUAUUCAAUUAAACAAGAGUGUUCGAUGCAAUUCAAGUGUUCAAUACGUUAAAUAUUGUGGACGUUUGGUUACAGAAAGUCAAUCAAAAUUACCAUGUUUUACCUACUAAUUUUGACUAUUCCUUUUUCUUCAAGGGAAUCAAGUUAAUUUUGAAUGGAGAUCAUGCUGUCUCUAUUAGUAAGAGUUUAUAAAUUUUAUAUAAUAAUUUCCAUCUUAUCACAACUGAACCAAAAAAGGAAUUAUGUGAUUUCCUAUUUAGUACUGAUUUAUUUUUUAAGAUUUUCAUGCAUUGGAGUCCCUUAGUCAGAAAUACAUUUAUACAUCUGUUGAUUUAUAGAAUUCAACAUCGUCAUAGAUCUUUACAAUCAGGAUUCGAAAAGAUAAGAGACAUCAAUAAAGAAUUGCAAUAUGCAUUCUUUAAAGAUUACUCUUAAAAGGAAAGAGAUCAAUUGAUCAAUGAUAUGAUCUAUCUCAAAUACUCAUACAUCAUUUAAAUUAUUAGGAAGAUUUACUAAUAAUUUUAAUUGUAUAAUGGAGGCAAACAAUAUGUCUAAAAGGUCAUUCAAGAAAGAAGUUUAAAGGCUAAACUCAUCAGAAAGAAAGCAAAAGAAAAAAAAGAAUAGUAAAUACUUGAUGAUAAAUAAAAUGAAUAAGAUUCAACUACUCUUAAGAAUUCAUCCAGAAAGAGCGAGCUACCAGAAAUCAGUUUCUAAUCUUAAGUUAGCAAAGCUUAAAGUGCCAUAGGAUUCGCAGAAAGACCAAACAAUUCUAUGAAAUCGCUUGAUGAUGAUAAUCAAAAAGUAGAGGAAGAACAAGUACCAGAUAACACUCCCAUGGGGUCUGAAUUCUAUUAGAGUUUCUCUUCUUUUAUUGAUCUAAAUAAAAUACUUUAAGAGGUUGAAUAGGAAUAAGAAAAUGAAGAAAAUAGGAGAAGAUUACCAAAAAAAUAAUAGAAUAGGUGUCUAUCCCCUAAAAAUAUCACCAAAUAGCAAGACAUGAAAAUACUAACUAGGAAAUUCCCUGAGUUGGAAUUUGAAACUUCAGGACUCAAAGCAUCUAAACUCAAAUAUCUCCAAAUUGCUUAUUAAGAGUAUACAAUAGUAUAAAAGGAAUAUUUAAGAUGGAUCAAUCAAAUGAAAUGCAAUUAAAGAAACUUCAAUUAAUUUGAUUAAGUCAAAGAUCAUCAGGUACCUCUCUUAGUAAUAAGAGUACCAAAAGAUGAAUCAAAUUAAGAAGCUCCUUAAAGUGAUGAUUGA